CUUGGCACUGACAGAUGGCUAGAGUCCAUCUUGUUUGUUUCACCAGCUCCACCCAGAAUACAAUCAAACAAUAUUACUCAGUCCGCUAACAUGGAUAAAGGUUGAAUGGAUGCAUGUUUCCCAUUUGGUUAGUGUAGCUCACCGCACACCCGCCCCCACACGGCCAGCUCUCCAGCCCGGCCAUCUCAUUGGCCGAGAGGGACGUCAAUCAGGGGAUUAUCCGUGUCUGGGUCUGCAGCGCUGAGCUGAGUGGGGCUGAGGAGAAAGCAGUGCAUUUAAAACCGCCCAGGGAAGACACCGCAUUUACAAGGCUAUUUUUUUUUUUUGCUGCCUCCCGCCCUCCUUCCCUCCUCGUCCCCGGUUGACUCCGGUCCGGUCCACAAUGACUUGGUCGAGAGGAAUGCAGCACCGGUUUACCUGAGCAACGGGACACUUGUUUUCUUUGAACCAACCAUCAGACACUUACUCUUCUGUGACUUUUUAUUUCAUUUAAUUGGAUGCCGUGUCGGACUGCUGCAGUUGCAGCCACUCUGAGAGAGACAGGAGGACUCGUGCUUGUGUCAAAUUGAGAGUGUAGCUCCAAUAAAGCCAAAGCAAGGUUAUGUAGGUAGGCAUCUCUGCCCUGUUGUUUACAUGUUGUAAUUGCAUUUUCCAUAAUUUCCAGCAGCAGAGGCAGCAGCCACAGUAGUAGCUUAGGCUUUCCUCCCCCCUCCUCCUCCUUCUCUUGUUCCUCCUUCUCCUGUUCGGGGCUUUUUGCCGGGUCGUCCAGGUUGUGUCGAGGCCGGUGGUGGUGAUAAAGAAGGAUGGGACUACCUGCUCUCGAGUUCAGUGACUGCUACCUGGACAGCCCGCAAUUCAGGGAGAGACUCAAGUCCCACGAGCUGGAGCUGGACAAGACCAACAAGUUCAUCAAGGAGCUGAUUAAAGACGGCAAGGCGCUGAUCCAGGCUUUGAAAUGUCUGUCAACAGCCAAGAGGAAGUUUGCUGACUCGCUCAACGAAUUUAAAUUCCAGUGUAUUGGAGACGCCGAGACAGAUGAUGAGAUAUGCAUAGCCAAGUCUCUUCAGGAGUUUGCUGCAGUCCUACAGAACCUGGAGGAUGAGAGGACACGUAUGAUUGAGAAUGCCAACGAUGUGCUGAUUAUGCCACUGGAGCGGUUCAGGAAAGAACAGAUCAGUGCAGCCAAGGAAGCCAAGAAAAAAUAUGACAAAGAGACAGAGAAGUAUUGUGCAGUGUUGGAGAAGCACCUUAGCCUUUCAGCGAAGAAGAAAGAGUCACAUCUACAUGAGGCAGACAACCAGGUAGAUAAUGUACGGCAGCAUUUCUACGAGGUUUCGCUGGAGUACGUCUUCAAGGUGCAGGAGGUCCAAGAGCGGAAGAUGUUUGACUUUGUGGAGCCUUUGUUGGCGUUUCUCCAAGGCUUGUUCACCUACUAUCACCACGGCUAUGAGCUGGCAAAGGACUUCAACCACUUCAAGACUGAUCUAACCAUUAGCAUACAGAAUACGCGGAACCGUUUUGAGAGCACGCGGUCGGAGGUGGAGAGUCUGAUGAGGAAGAUGAAAGAGAAUCCACAUGAACACAAAAGUGUCAGCCAGCAUACCAUGGAGGGAUACCUGUUUGUACAAGAGAAGCGCUCAUUUGUGUCCACCUGGGUGAAGUACUACUGUACGUACCAUCGUGAGCCCAAGAAAGUCACCAUGGUCCUGUUUGACCCUAAAUCAGGAGGGAAAAUGGGAGAUGAAGAUAGCUUCAUCCUCAAGUCGUGCACCAGGAGGAAGACUGACUCGAUAGAAAAGAGGUUUUGUUUUGAUGUGGAGGCCAUGGAGAGGUCGGGAGUGAUCACCAUGCAGGCUCUGUCAGAAGAAGACCGCAGGUUGUGGAUGGAGGCCAUGGAUGGAAGAGAACCGGUAUACAAUCUGAACAAAGACAACCAGACUGAAGGAAUGGCCCAGCUGGAUGUGAUUGGGUUCAACGUGAUGAAAAAAUUCAUCUAUGCACUGGAGACUCGAGGUAUUGAUGAACAGGGCUUGUACAGAAUAGUUGGCGUCAGCUCCAGAGUACAAAAGCUGCUGAGCCUCGCUAUGGAUCCUAAGACAUGUGCUGACGUGGAGCUGGAAAACCCAGAGUGGGAGAUUAAGACAAUCACGAGUGCUAUCAAGCACUAUCUCAGAAUGCUGCCUGCACCCCUCAUGACAUACCAGUACCAGAGGAGCUUCAUCAAAGCUGCCAAGUUGGACAACCCAGAGGCCAGGGUGACAGAGAUCCAUGCUCUGGUGCACCGGUUGCCUGAGAAGAACAGACAGAUGCUGGAGCUGCUGAUGAAACACCUGGCCAAUGUGGCAAGUCACCACCAGCAGAACCUGAUGACUGUUGCCAAUCUGGGUGUGGUCUUUGGACCAACUCUGCUCCGCCCACAGGAGGAGACGGUGGCAGCCAUAAUGGACAUCAAGUUCCAGAACAUUGUUGUAGAGAUCCUCAUAGAGCAUCACGAGAGGAUAUUCAGGGAUGUGCCGAAUUCUGCAGGCGGGUCGACCAACAUGCAGCUUAAUCUGUCCAGGAGGAGAAGCACCGACAGCAAAGCCCCGUCCUGCAGCGAGAGGCCUCUCACGCUCUUCCACACACCAACACAUUCCCAGAAAGGUGAAAAAAGGAACAGUGUGGUCAGCACCACAGUUGGCGAGGUGCAGCCGCUGGUUUCCUCCUCUGCCAACUGUAACAGCAGCAGCAGUAGCAACAGCAGCAGCCAAGGUCGAACCCCGAGACACAGCCUGACCAGCAACGACGGAGAGCAGGACACCCGACAGAUCCGGCCCAGCUCACUGCUGAACCCAAAGAGUCGUGGCAGCAUACCAACCAGUGCAAAGUCUCCCAGCCCCACCUCACCACGUUCUCCCUCCUGGCCGAUGUUCUCAGCCCCAUCAAGUCCGCAGCCGGCGUCCUCCGCCUCCAGUGACUCCUCUCCUGUCAGUAUUGCAGGCAGGAAGGCUCGAGCGCUGUAUGCCUGCAAGGCAGAGCAUGACUCCGAGCUGUCCUUCAUCGCUGGGACCAUCUUUGAGAAUGUUCAUUCCUCCAGGGAGCCUGGAUGGCUGGAAGGGACUCUGGACGGACGAACAGGACUGAUACCAGAAAACUACGUGGAGUUUUUAUAGUCCAGGGUCGAGGAAAAGACUCGAACUGGACAAUAUUGGACCGGAGUUGACCAAACUGGACUGUAGAGGACUAGAUUUGACUGCACAAGUUAGAAUAUUAGAUCGUAAACUAUACAGGACUGGGCCAUUGUUAAUGAGGCCGCUGUUGUCUUGACUAGACUGGGAAUUGAAACUGGACCAAGAAGAUCCAUGCUGAAUGCAUAUGACGCUGUAACGAAGCAGACUAUGGAGAGACCCAUGAAUUGCACUGGAGAAAAAAAAAAUCCCACUGUGGUUUCCGGCUGUUAUUGGAUUAGUGUGGAUGACUUCCCAAGUCUUGGUGAAGAUGAUGUGGUAAUGAACCUGGAAUGUGUGUGUUUGUGUGUGUGUGUGAGAGAGAGGGAGAGAGA